AUGAAUAUCUUAAAUCAAAAAUAAGUAUAGGAGAGAUAAGAAAUGACAUGCAAAAUUCAUAAUCUGGAAUUUAUAGCAGUUGAUUUGGAUUUAUCAGACAAGGCACAAAUUUAAUUCUUUUGCGGUAAAUGCUUAGUUGAAAAGUUAAAUAACAAUAAAGUGACAACUAUAGAGUAAUCAAAAGAGAGAAUCUAAAAAUUUUAAAUUUAAUAAAAAGAAACAAAAACAAAGGAGAAUCAAGCAAGACUCACCUAUUAUAAAAACAUAUUGGAUUAAAUCAUUGAUUUCAAAAAAUUUAUAGAUGAUUCGUUGGAUAAAAUGUAUAGAUAAAUUUAAUAAUAUAUAUUUCCAAUAUAAAAAGAAAAAUAGGAGUUAAUAGAAUAUGAAUAAUAAUUAAAUUAUUUAGAAGAUUUAAAACAAUUAUCACAAUUAUAUUCAUAAGAAGAUUAAAAAUCAAAUAAAUUAUAAGAAGAUAAUAAUUUUAUUGAUGAAAUCUCAAGACAAUUUGAGCUAUUAUUCAAUUGUUCUGAAUAUUUUUAGACCUUAGAUACUUUUAAGAAUAUAAAAGAGACAAUAAAUGAUAUUUAGUAAAAUAAUAUAAUUGAAUUAUUUCCUUUUGUGGAUACCAAAAAAAAUGAUCCGGUAUUUUUGAUUUAUUAUUAAUAGAAAACACCAAGUUUAAAUAGAAUUUGUAUUAAUCAUAAAAAGGAAAUUAUUAUGAUUGAUAUGGAUUCAUAGAAUAAGAAGAUUGAAGAUAGGUUUGUAUGUGUUGAAUGUAUUUCUUAAAAUUCAUAAAUUAAAUAUUAAACUAUUGAAGAUGUAGAUAAGGAAUGGAAAGAAUAUAACACUGAGACUGAUAAAAUACUAAAGGAAUAUAAAAAAGAAAGUAUUAACAAGAAAGCUGAAUUAUUCAACUAGAUAGCACAAAUGAGAAAGAAUUAUAAUUAAAAAUUGAAUGAAAUUAGUGAUAAAUUAAUUACAGAAUCAUUUUUAUGUAUUGAUAAAGUUAACUUAUCAAAUUAAAUAAAUAAAAUGUCAAUAUAAGCAUUAAGUGAUGAAUAAUUAUUGAAGGAUUUAAAGCAAUUGAUUGAAAAGGAAAAAGGGAUAGUCUAAUAAAGUUAAAUAAUAACGACUUUAAAAAAUAAAGACUCUAUUUUUAAAAAGGAUAUUACAUCUUAAUUAGAAUCUUUGUAACAAUAGGAUUAAUAAGAUAUUUAAUAAUCAUUAGAUAUUCUUAAGGAUAUAUAAAGUAACUUAUUUAUUUAAUAGUUUAUAGUUGAAAAAAAUUUAAUUGGUUAGUUAACUGAUGUGAUUUAAGAAAUAUAGAAGUGCGCAUAGAAGGAUGAAAACUAUAAAAACCAAAUUAAUUUUAUCAAAGAAAUCUAAGAGUUAAUCGAUCAAGCUAAAAAAUAUCAGUGUCAACUGCAUCUAUUUGAUUAGGCUAUUUCUGUUUAUUAACAGCAUGUUUAAAAAAUAGACUAGAUUUAAGAAAAUAUAUAGAUUAAAUCCAAAGAUUAAGAAAUUAAAUCAGAAUAAUUAAAAUCCUAAUAUUCUAAAUUAUCGAAUAUUUUGAAUGAAUAUAAAAAGAUAUUCAAUAAUAAUAGUUCAGAGUUGAAAAAGUUUUGUAACAUUUAAUAAAUAGAAUUAGAAAUAUUAAAAUUAACAGAAACCAAUAAAAAUUUAGAAAUUGAAAGUAAUUCUAUAUAAUUUUAAAUAGAAAAUAACGUAAUCCAUUCUAUGGAGACAUCAUUUUAGUUUAAAAUCAAUGAGUUAAAUGCAAAGUUAGAAUAUGAUGAAAAAGAAUUAUAAGAUAUGAAAGAAUAAUAUUAAUAAGCACUUUAAGAUAAUAUAAAUCUUAAAAAGUAAUUUGAAUAAGAUAAGACCGAAAUUAUAAAGAAAUUUGAAGAUGAAUGUAAUAGUUUUUGUCAUUAUUUCAUAGAAAAAUAAGUAAAAUAGGUAUUUAAUGAAAAUUUAACUUAAUAAAAAUCAUAAUUAUAGCAAGCAUUAACCAAACUUGAUUAAAUUGAGAAAGUUAAGUUAGAAUAAGAAAAAUAAAAUAAACUAGAAUUAGUAAAAGUAUAUUUUAAUCGAUUAGAUUGAUUAAUAUAAUAAAUCAUUAUCAUUUUCGAAUACUUACAAGCAUAAUAAUUGUUCAGUAACUGAAGGAGCAAAACUUGUAGAAUGUGGUAAUAAUUUUUAUAUUUAUUGUCUUUGUGAAUAAGCAAUUCCAAAGACUGGCAAAAUAUAAUUUGGAUUUUAAAUGAUAAGUGGAACAUAUUUUCAUGUUGGAAUAGGAUUUAAAGAGAUUAUUUAGAAAAAUAAUUAUUUAAAUUGUUAUAAUGCUGGGUAAGGGCAUAUAAUUAAAUUAUAAUAGAACAUAUUUAACAUCUUCGGGUAAUUAUUCUUAUUCUCAUCAUAAUAAAGAUGUAAAUAAUAAAUAAUUAUCCUUCGGAUUUACAACUAAUGAUAUAAUAAUAAUUGAAGUAUGUCUUGAACGUAAAUACAUUAAAUGGAGUAGAUGGAAUAAUCCAUAAGCAACGUUUGUUGUAAAUAUAAAAUAGAUUAUUAGUAAUUGGAUAUAGAUACAUCUUAAGAAUUAUAUCCAUGUGUGGGUGGGUAUAAUAAUUCUAAAAUAAAAAUAUUGGAUAAUUUACCAGUUUGA